AUGCGACUGGGAUUUUCCAACCUGGCCGUCACAGCAAGCUUGCUUGCAUCUGCCACAAACUUGGUCGCCCUAGACAUACCCGUCGACUUGCCCGUAUCGACACUGUUAACAUCAGCGCAAUCACAUCUCGCUAGGGGUGAAACCAGGGAGGCUCUUGCCUACUACGAUGCUGCCGUUGCCAAAGACCCGUCCAACUACAUGACCUUAUUCAAGCGUGCCACCACCUAUCUCUCCCUUGGCCGCCGUGGCCGGGCCAGCGAGGACUUUGGCAGGGUUUUAGAUCUCAAGCCAGGGUUUGAGGGCGCGCAUAUCCAAUUAGCCAAGAUCAAAAUCAGGAGUGCCGACUGGGAAGGCGCCCGUUCAGCAUAUAUCGCAGCAAGGAAGAAUGACGACUCACCGGAGCUUGUCGAAUUGGCAGAAGCCCAGGGAGCCGAAGCCCUGGCAGAGGCGGCGGAGAAAGAGAAUAAUUGGGAGGAAUGUAUCAGUCAGGCUAGUGCCUCUAUCAGUGUCGCCCCCGGCGCUGCACAUCUGCGUGAGCGGCGCUCACGAUGCAGGUUUCAGCGUGGAGAGGUCGAGGAAGGUAUGGGCGACUUGCAUCAUGUCCUACAGCUUCGGCCAGGCAACACCGAUCCGCACAUUCUCAUAUCUGCAAUAACCUUCUAUGUGCUCGCCGAUUUUGACCGCGCCAUUGCACAGCUGAAAAAAUGCCUACACUCUGAUCCUGACUCCAAAGUCUGUCAUGCGUUGCUCAAGCAGGAAAAACAUCUCCAAAAGGCAUUUUCAAAGGUUGAGAGCCAGCUCAAUCGCGGCCAGACUACUAUGGCCCGACGGUCGUUAGUAGGGUCUGCAGACGAACCGGGCCUGCUUCCAACCAUUCUUCAGCAAAUGGACAACCUCCGACAAGAUGGUUCGAUUCCAGAACAAGCCGAGGCAAAGCUGUAUGCCACCGUGGUCGAAAUGACUUGCCAAGCAAUGACAGAGUCAAAGCAUAAAGACGCCCCCGAACACUGUGAGAAAGCAAUCCAACUGAAUCCCCAGUCAUUCUGGGGCCUCAUAUACAAGGGCGAGUCACUCGUCAAGAGUGAAGAGUAUGAUGCAGCUAUUCAGGCGUUUGAAAAAGCUGCCGAGAUACGUCCAGACAAGGGUGAUAAGGUACAUCCCCUUUUGCGCAAGGCGCAAAUUGCUCGAAAGCGAAGCCAGACGAAAGAUUAUUACAAGGUUCUAGGUGUGGCAAAUGAUGCCGAUGAGAGGCAAAUAAAAGCAGCAUAUCGCAAAUUAACUAAGAAGUAUCAUCCAGAUAAGGCUGCAAAACAGGGCAUCGAUAAGGACGAAGCAUCAAAGAAAAUGGCCUCUAUCCAUGAAGCGUACGAGGUCCUCAGUAACCCUGAGUUACGGGCCCGAUUUGAUCAAGGGGAUGACCCCAAUUCACAGGAGAGAGGUAGUCCGUUUCAAGGAAGUCCGUUCGGGGGAGGACAUCCUUUCAUGUUUCAUCAAGAUGGGGGCGGCGCAAACUUCAAAUUUCACUUCGCUGGAGGAGGCGGUCCUUUUGGGUUUUAG